GACUCUGCCCUCUCAGAAAGGCUGCUGCAGUAUUAAAGCAGCCGCCACACUCAUCUGAGCUCUCUUGAGGUGCUGAGCGGAGAGCAGGCAGGACUUUGCUCAGUGACACCAAGAGAUACUAAGAUGGCGGGGAAGCCAGUGCUUCACUACUUCAAUGUCCGGGGCAGGAUGGAGUCCAUCUUGUGGCUCUUGGCUGCAGCUGGAGUAGAGUUUGAAGAGAAGUUCAUAGAAACUCCAGAAGAUUUUGAAAAGUUAAAAAAUGAUGGGCUCUUGCUGUUCCAGCAAGUACCCAUGGUGGAGAUGGAUGGGAUGAAGCUGGUGCAGUCCAGAGCCAUUCUCAACUACAUUGCCACCAAAUACAACCUCUACGGCAAAGACGUGAAGGAGAGACUCCUGAUUGAUAUGUAUACAGAAGGAAUGGCAGAUUUAUAUGAAAUGUUCAUACAACUGACAGUAACUCCUCCAGAUCAGAUAGAUGCUAAGAUAGCCUUGAUCAAGGACAGAACAAAGAAUCGUUACUUACCUGCCUUCGAAAAAGUAUUAAAGAGCCACGGACAGGACUACCUUGUGGGCAACAAGCUGAGCAAGGCUGACAUUCUCCUGACUGAGCUUCUGUACACUGUUGAAGAGUUUGACGCCAGUCUUCUGGCCAGCUUCCCCCUGCUGCAGGCCCUGAAAACCAGAAUCAGUAACCUGCCCAAUGUGAAGAAGUUUCUACAGCCUGGGGGCCAGAGAAAGCCUCCUACUACUGCUAAAAUGAUGGAAGAAGCAAGAAAGCUUGUAAAGCCUUAAUACAGGUCAUAUUGACCAAGCCCAUGCAUAUCAAACUUCCAGAUUUUACAAUAAUAACAUUCUUUGUGUAAAUAUUGAUCUCUGCAACUUUGAGUUAAUAAGUUAAUAACUGUGAGUUAGCAAAGGUCCUCUGAGAAGACUUAACACUUCUUUUCAUUAUUGGAUUCUGAUAUGUAACUGGAUUUCUAAUGUCCUCUUAUUGGAAGUAAAUUUUAAUUAAAAAGUAGUUCAUUAGUUUGAUUCAGUUUCCAAGAAUUAUAGCAUACCAUACAGCUAUCAAAGAGAGUUUACAAAAUUACAUUUUAAAAUGUCACAUAUGUGCAGAAAAUGCCUGUUCUCCUACACAGUAACAUAACAAAAUUUUCCAGCAUGAAAAUUUGCUAUGACCUGCAAAUGAUCUGCUAUAGACCUGCAUCCAUGUUAUGAAAGCCUCACAGGAAGUUUCUAACCUAUAGGGAAUGAAAGAAGGAAUCAGGAUGUAGUAUGUACAUGUAACAAUUUCCCACAAAGAAUAUAAACAUUAAGUACUACACACAUGUACUAAUAACAUAUAAAUAGAUAAAUAUAGUGGUACUUUUGGGUUCAUGACUGUAAUUCAUUCCACAAUUCUGGAGAAGAUGGCUGUAUUGGUGCUCAUGGGGAGGAUGGCUGUGGUCAUGUUCAUCACCUAAUGUGGAGUUCAUGAAAGGAAGCAAAAUUUUGUCAAACACUUCUGUUUCCAAAGCAGCUUGUUUUUGAACAGAAGUGUUUGUGAGCUGAGGUAUUACUGUAAGGAAAUAAAUACAACCAGGCUACAGAGGAACAGUUUUCACACUAACUGGACCCUGCCAGCCUCAGUGAAAAGAAGUAAGUAGCCCAGAAAUCCAUGAGGAAGUUUUUUGAGCUGUGGAAUCAAAAGGGAGACAACCUUUAAUAAGCUCAUUACUGAUGCCUCGCUCUUCUGCAUUGAGUCACAUCCUUUCAUUGAGGUCACUGGAAAAAUACGCUAGAAAAUGUACCUUGCACAAGAAAAAGACUGCUUUGCAAGCAGGCUCAAGCUUUUUCUCGGGGUGUAGGCGGUACUUUAAGUGUUGCUCAUUGUGCUGUAUUUGGGUAUUUGGCUGUGCUUACAUCCCUCAUUAUAGGGAUGCAACAAUGAAGAUUUUAGAAAACUGGAGCAUGAGAUUCAAUAAUAUGAGAACAAUUAAUAAUAAAGGAAUAAAAAGACA